UUCUCACAUAUCGUCACAAAUGUCUGACCCCCCCCCCCCCCCUUAGUCAUCAAUCAACAUUGAUUCUUUCACUCAAUUACGUGCACUGAAUCAUGUGUAAGAAUCGAUGACCUCCGAUGUAUACCAAUUAUAUACAUUUCAGCUCAUAAAGCAAGAGAGACAGAAGGAGACUUUAUAAUUAAUACUAGAAUUAAACAGCAACCCAUAAAUCGUGACAAAUUAUCAAAUCACAAAGCCUCCAGUCGGGGUGAAUCAUUAACGGUUAAAACUCAUACCUGAGCAUUGGGGAUAUCUUUGCUUAAAGAGGUGGUGUGCUAUACUGUACAUUAGUACAGUCAUAAUACGUACUGUAGCAAUUGCAAGUGUGGGGUUUUUUUUUUAAAUGAUAAAUUAAUGUUAUUGUUACAUACCGUGCCUACUUUAUUACGGACCAAUGCAGACCUUAUUGGUCACCCCGUGCCCUUAUACAUCUCAACGUUCAUCCUACAAAGUCUCAUCACAAGGGAGAAACAAAAAAACAUUUGCCCAUAUUAAAACGGCUAUACGCCGUAUGGACCUGAAAACUAAAUUUUCCUGUACAAGAAUACGCGCAAACCGUAUGGGUUGACCCAGUACGUUGUUAGCUGUGUAAUGAUAUUUAUUCGGUCAUAUUUUUUAAAAGCCAAAGUGGCUCUACGCUUAAACGAGUGUGGGAAGGUGUUUGCCCCAAACCAGUGGUGUUUUAUCAAACCUUCGUGCAAAGGGGGGCUGUAUCUCAAUAACAAGACCACAGUUGACUGUGGUCUUGUUCAGGAGAUUAAUUCCAAUAUUGAGGUCUGCUGGCCACGAGAGGGCUUCAGGAGAAAGUGUGUGCAGUUUUGCUAUUUCUCCGUUGAAGGAGGGCGGAUUACAGUGGUUUACUAUAUGGUCCAUAGUUUGGAUUGCAUUUUGACAGUUGCAUUGUUGCUUCUUUCAUUGUCCAUUCAUGAAGGCGAUGGGCGCAGCGGCCUGUUCAUUUUCUGAUGCGUUUUAUGGUACACCGGUGUCUUCGAGGAAUGUAAAAGCCAUAAGGUGCGAUGUUUGGGUAUCGAAUUAGGUGUUUAUUGUGGACGUCUGCGUUGUGCCAUUCUGUUCGCCAGCGUUCUUCCGAAUGUGUGAGAUUCUAGGAUAAUGGUACGAAUUUGGCUGCAUCAUAACUUGUAAAAAAAACACUUUCAAAUGGAUAAUUGCAACCAAUAAUGAGUGUUUAGUAUGUUGGUAGAAACUGGAGUACCCAGAGGAACCCCCACGGAUACAAUUGAAUAACAUGCAAAGUUGCACAGAUCGAUACAAUAAUCCACUCACUGUAAUUCUAUAUCCGUGCCAACUCGUAACCCAGCAGGAUUUGAAGUUUCACAAAUAUGCAUGAUCCACCGAUCCUUGCCUCCAAAGCUCCAUGAACCACGGGUGUGUGCCACCACGCCCGAUUAAAGAGAGAGAGACAAGCCAGAAUGUUGUGGCUACCCUCUCACCUCAGAGUCAAUGGACUCACCAACUUUUCAUUGCCCCAAUACUCACAACACCCAGUCAACCUGUCGAGUCUUCUCGGCUACCCUCCUCCUCCUCUCCCCUCCCCUCCCAGUGCAAGCCACCCUUCUUUUCGCCCUCCCACUCUCUUGCCACGGCCACGCCCGCCAGCCAGCCCGCCGCUCGGGGGAAAUGCGCCUCUUUCCAACGCCGGACACAUUUGUAUGGUCGAGACUUGCACAGGCGAGCCACUUGGUGAGCGCCGGGGAAACGUGUACACAAGAGUAACACCGUAGCCGGGAUCUUCUCUGUCUCAGCGUGAACUCGGCAACAACAACACCACCAUCAUCAUCGCCGUGGUCAUCGUCAUCAGCAGCAAACAACAACAACUAGAUGUGCGCCUGAGAUUUUGUUGAUUUUUUUUUAGAAUGUAUCACGCCACGACUCCACCCCUAUAUCCCCGUUAACUACCUUAAUAACGAUCUAUCGGCCUGCCUAUGUAUCUUCUUCAUACCUACAUAUCCACUCAGCUACCUGUUCACCUUCAAACCCAACUUAUUACGCACCUAUCGUCACACGUAUCUACCUAUUCCUUGCUUAUCUGCAUCUCUUAUCUGCAUAUCUACUUACCUGCUUAUCUGCUUACCUUCUUAUAUCACAACCAACCUCCUUAUCUCAUAACGAUCACUUCUUCCCUAUCAAUUUACCUACCUACCUGCAUGAAUACAUACGUACCUACCUUCCUAGCUGCUUACAGAUCUUCCUGCCUACCUACCCCAGACGACCACCUCACCCUCCCAAGCUUGCUUGCCUCCAGAGACCGGGGCGGUUGGACCCUGGUCGCGCGGCGUGGGUGAAUGUCCACCUCCAAGCCUGGGUGAGAAGAAGGCGAGGAAGAGGGGGGAAGAGGUGGAGUGAGAAGGGGCGGAGAGCGCGGAGCGACGUGGAAACGAACUCCGGCGGAGGCACCAGAGCUUCGAGCGCGUGCACGCAUGCUCGCUGCUUGCGACGCGAUGCUCCACGCGGACGCCAGCUCAUUCUUCACGGAGGAUACGCUCAGACCGCCGGUGCCAGGGGAAGAAGGGAAAGGAGCCAAAUAUCGAUGCGCAGCAAGAACGGCAGCGGCAGUGCAGCAAAGUGUCCAUAAGCCAAUUCAGACGGUGCUGCUGGUGCAAUCGUCACCAUCUCCGGGGAGCCCCACAUCGGCACGCCGGUCGAACGAGCCAGAGGGCAGCGCGUCGCCGCCGGUGCCGUGCCCGCUGUGGGGAGAGUCUCUGCAGACACUGCUGGAGGACUGCGACGGCGCCAGCCUCUUCCGCGCCUUCCUGGCAAGCGACAGCUCCGAGGACAUGCUCGACUUCUGGUUCGCCUGCGCCGGCUACCGCAGGCUAGGCCACGCCGACGGCGGCCGGCGGCUCGGGCUGGCGCGUGCCAUUCACCGAAGGUACCUGGCCGAGGGCGGCGACGGGCGCGGCACCGUGUCCCAGCUCCUAUCGCCGGGUACGCGGGCCCGCGUGCGCCGGGGCGUGGAGAGCGGCCGGGCAGAGCUGUCGCUGCUUGACGAGGCGCAGGGGGAGGUGCACGCGGCGCUGGAGGCCGGAGCCUACGUGGCCUUUCUCAAGUCCGACGUCCUGGCGGAGUACGCGCGCUCAGGCGGGAACAGCCCAGGGCCCGGGGCCGAGGCGCUGGUCCUGGGGCCUCGAGGGGGCUGCUACGGCGGGGAGGAGAGACGGGAGCGCGGGGUCUGCGCAUCCUUCCAAGCGUCCGGCAGAGCCGUGACGUUCGUGCAACGGCUUGCGGCGGCAGCAGUGGUGGAAGCGGAGCAGAGGAGAGACGGGGAGAAGUCGGCACAUGACAAGGCUGGGAGAAGUGCCUGGGUGCGCCCGCGGGACCCGCCAAGCCUGGCGGAGUGGCGGGAGGGAGUCGAUCCCGCGGCGCUGGGAGCGAGCAGCGGGAGCGACGCGGCCGGACCGAGCGACGACGCGAACGAGAGCAGUGAAGUCGGCAGGACGAGCGAGGCGAGCAGCGGGAUGCGCUGGCCGAGUUGCACGAGUGGGCGUCCAAGGGAUUCGGACCCCAAAAGCCUCGCAAAAAUGUUCGAUCCAGACCAAUUAAAGUGUGGACAGAAGCAGGCUUGGUGCAGCAGCAGUAGCAGCAGCAGCAGCCACAUGGAGGAAAGAAUGAAAAGGGCCCGGCAGGUGAUGAAGGACGCCGUGAUGAACCCGGCGAGGUUUGCCGCGGAGCUGACCGCUCGGCUGGAGCGCCUACAGAGGGAUCGGAGGCUCCAGUGGGGCCUGGAGGAGCAGCAGGCAGAAGGCGAGUGGGCGGAUGGAACAGGAAGCCCCAUGGACAUGGCCCGCCACCCUGUAAGCUCUUCCCAGCCCACGCAUUCCUCCCGAGGAACCUCCGCCCAUUCCGAUGGCAGGGCGACGCUUCCGCAAAACGUUCCGCAAGACGACGGCGACGACGACGAGUGCACCGAGAGCAUUCUCGACGGGCACGUGACACGAACGCUGGUGUGCCAACUGCCUCACGCCGGCAGUGGCCCUGAGCGGCCCCGGGGGGCUCGUAAUAACGUGGCUCAAGCAGGGGCCCCCACAAACCAGACCCUCCCUGAGUCCCCCACUGCACGCUCCCCUCCCCGCAUACAGUCGUCUCUUAGCGUCAGCACAGUGCACUCGUUCCACUACAGGCAGGUCUCGCAGCACAUGCACCACCACCACCACCACCAUCAUCACCACCACCACCACCACCAGGGUGGCGGCGGAGGAGGCCGCAGCGGGCGGUCCCUGCAGGAGAUGGAGAUGGAGGCCACGAGGCGAGUGCGGUACAAGGCCGGGGCUGACGCCUGCCGGGUCGCGAGCGAUCCUCGCACGGGCAUCGACAGCGUGGGCCUGCCGGACGAGCUGGCUGAGCGCCUGCGGUGCAGAGACGCGCCGCAGGGCUGGUUCCCCAGGACGCCCCUGGAGAACACGUCUCGCGAGGACGAGGAAAGCGGCGGGGCCUUCACAGAGACGACGGCGGCGGCAGCGGCGGCAGCGGCAUCCUGCCUGCCCCCCCUGGAGUCCGACCUGGAUGGCGCACAUGUUUGGCUCCCACAGCUCGGCGGAAAGAGGGAAUCUGGCGGGAACCCCAAAGCCUCACACGCGUGCAAAGCAAAAAGGUCGCUGUCCAGCCGGUUGCCUCCACAGGGCACCGCGGUGGCUUACUAUUUCUGUGGCGAGCCCAUCCCGUAUCGCACAACGGUGACGGAGAGAGCUCUAACGCUGGCCCACUUCAAGGAGAUGCUCGGCAAAAAGGGCACCUACAGGUAUUAUUUCAGGAGAGCCAGCGGCGAGUUCGACUGUGGGCUUGUGUUCGAGGAAGUAAGAGACGACAACGCCGUUUUGCCAAAUUACGAAGGCAAAGUCAUUGGGAAAGUUGAGAGGGUGGAGUGACAGCAGCCAAAAUAAAAUGUCUGGUUUUAUUUGGAGAGCUGUGCCCACGUGUGUGUGUGUGUGCAUUACAAAACCAAGCAGCCCGAAUUCAAUUCCUGCUCACAGCCACAAACACCAGUAACGAUUAUCUGAACCAGUCAUGGGCCUCCCCUAGGUCGA